GCAUAAAGAAGAUAAAAAAAAUACAGUUUACUUAAAAAUUUACAGCACGACAAAUGACACAGUUUUACACAAUUUAACGUCUUGUACACAUUAAUUGUUCAAUUUAAUCAUUUAAUUAUUUUUACAAAAUUAGAAUUAAUUUGUAUAAAUGAUCUAAAUCAACUACCUAUCUUUUAUUUGUUUCUAGCCAAGUACAAAAAAUUAAUGUUUCUAUGUUAAUUUCUUUUAAUACCAUUAUGGAUAUUUCACUUGAAAGCAUUUCAGCAUUAAGACAGUCAUUCGAAGAUAAACUCAAUGAACAAAAUGAAGUGUUUCAUCCUAUGGAUCUUGCCAAAAUAAAUAAUUCAGAUUCAUGGCUUAAACGGUUUUUAAUUCAUACUGAAGGUAAUCAAGAAGAGGCUCUAUCCAUGUUAUGGAAUGUAUGCGAAUGGAGAAAAUCAUUUGGUGUUAAUGAAAUGAGUGAAUCAAACGGUACAGUAAGAAUUGAUUACUUAGAGGAGGGAAUCAUGUUUCCUCAUGGUGUAGAUAAAGAUGGUAAACUUAUGUUCAUUAUUCGAUGCAAAUUGCAUUUUAAAGCUUCUAAAGAUUCUGAGGAAUGUAAAAAGUGUGCUGUAUACUGGUUUGAAAGAAUGGAAAGGUUAACUAAUGGUGAUCAAAUUACAAUAUUUUUUGAUAUGAUGGGUUCUGGUUUAAGUAAUCUUGAUAUGGAAUUUACAAAUUACUUAAUAAAUUUACUUAAAAUGUAUUAUCCAGCCUUUUUAAAUUAUAUUAUAAUUUAUGAAAUGCCAUGGGUUUUAAAUGCGGCUUUUAAAAUAAUCAAAACAUGGUUACCAGCCAAAGCUGUGAAAAAAAUUAAAUUCCUUAGUAAACAUAACUUAAACGAAUAUGUAUCAAAAGAAUCAAUAAUGGUCAGUUGGGGUGGUGAAGACAAUUAUAAGUUUAAUUUUGAGCCAGAAACUAAAAGAAUUGAAGAAACCAAGAAAAAGGUUCAUUUUGCAGAAACAAUGGAAGUAAAAAAUGGCUCAGGAGACAUUCGAGAUAUAGUAUGUAUGCCAAAAGAACUUAAACUGAAAAUUAAUCCUAGUGAAGUACUUACAUUCAAUAAGGAUAAUAGCAAUGGCUAUAAUGAAUUAAUGGCAACCCUCACAUUUAUAAAUGAUUAUAAAGAUCCAAUUGCAUUCAAAAUAAAAACCACUUGUCUUGUUAAGUAUAAAGUUCGUCCAAGUACAGGUACACUCACACCUCAAGAAAGUAUAAAAGUCACUUUUGUACUGAAUGGAAUGUCAAUAAAACAAACUGAUGUGAUUAGAGAUAAAUUUUUAGUCCUAGUAAUUCCUGUUGUAGAGACUAAAGAUAUAGCAGAAAUGUGGAAGAUACAAUGGGAAACUAAGGAACAACAUAUUUUGAAAUGUAAAAUUUCUAAUGAAAAUGAAACAGUAAAUAAUUGGAAUUCUUAUGAUCAAAAUCAUAAUAAUGAUCUUGAACAAAAAGUUGACAAAUUAAUGAAAGUGGUUACUACUUUAGAAAUUUCCAAUCGCGUUCUUUCGCAACAUAUGCGUUACGUUAAGUAUUCAUUAUAUAUUAUACUGUUAAUAUGUUUAUUUGCAUUUGGGUUUUUAUGGGCUGUAUUUUAUCAUAAAUAGUAAAUUCUGGUUUACUGAUUGUUAUACUGAUUUAAUUUAUAUA